AUGAAACGAUCUAUAUUCUUCUUUCUGCAUUGCCUGGUGGCUCUUGGCGCUGCCACCCAGAUUCACAAUGUUAUCGCGGAUACACAAGUAGACAACCCAGAGGAACCAGUGCUUGACACUGUUGUUGAGAACGAAAAGGAUGUAACUUCAGAAACAGAGGCCGAAACAACAUCGGAACAAGCUGAUGUGGUAAUAACUGAACCCGAGGAUACCGUUAGCCUAUCUGAUGAUGAAAUGUCACAGGCAGCCAAACAUGGAGAAAGUCAUACAUACCAAGCUGACUUCGCACGUGUCAUGGAUAUUAUAGUUAACUCCUUAUAUUCAAAUAAGGAAAUAUUUUUAAGGGAACUUAUAUCCAACUCAGCAGAUGCCUUGGAAAAAUACAAAAUUGUCGAACUAAGAGAAAACAGAGCAGAGUCACUGGAUGAACUUGCCAUUAAAAUCAGAAUAUCUGCCGCUAAAAGGACACUCACAAUACUAGAUACAGGUAUCGGUAUGACCAAACAUGAACUCAUCAACAACCUUGGAACUAUCGCCAAGUCAGGAACGGCAAACUUCGUUGACGCCAUAUCAAAGGGUGAAAAUGACGCAAACCUCAUUGGACAGUUCGGUGUUGGAUUCUAUUCUGUAUUCCUGGUCGCAGACAGUGUAGUAGUGCAAACGAAACACUUGGAAGACAAGCAAUAUGUCUGGAAAUCAUCGGCUGAUACCAAGUACGAACUAUACGAAGAUCCCAAAGGAAACACACUUGGAGAACAUGGUACGCAAAUCACACUCUUUCUUAGGGAAGAUGCUACGGACUAUCUGGAAACUGACAAGAUAGAAGAAUUGAUCAAAAAACACAGCCAGUUUGUAAGGUUCCCAAUAUACGUCCUCAAGGCCGAUAAGGAUGCAGCAGAAGCUAAGUGGCAUCAUGUAAACGAUGUAAAACCCAUAUGGGCACGGGAUAAGUCGGAAAUCACAGAAGAUGAGUACAACGUAUUUUACAAAGCGAUCAGCGGCUCACACUCAAACCCACUUGCACAUAUACACUUCGUGGCAGAAGGUGAUGUAGACUUCAGGGCACUCCUUUUCAUUCCAGAAAGACCAAAGAGCUCAUACUUCGAUAACGAUGAUGUCGGACACCAAGUCAAAAUAUACGCAAGAAGGGUUCUUGUGUCUGAUAACCUUCCGAACUUCCUACCAAGGUAUCUCUACUCACUUCACGGAGUUGUAGACAGUGACAAUUUCCCCCUCAAUGUAUCACGUGAACACCUACAACAAAGUAAAAUGAUCAAGAUUAUUGGUAAAAAGAUUGUUAGGUCAGUACUAGGCACUCUACAAAACCUGAUGAAAGAAAGCAUCGAAAACAAAAAGAAACUCAAGGAAGAAUUAGAGGCGGAAACCGAUGAGGAAAAGAAGAAGGAGUUGAAAACUAAACUUAGUGAAAAGACGACAUUUGACAAGUUCUACCAGAACUUUAGAGGAUCGCUAAAGGUUGCGUGUUACGAUGAUGCCGCUAAUAGGAAAAAGAUUUCGAAGUUGCUUAUGUACCAAACUUCCAAACAUAAGACUACAGAAAUCACACUAGAUCAGUAUAUAGCUGAAAUGCCGGAGACACAAAAGGCAAUAUACUACGCCAGCGGCGAGUCAUAUGAAGCUAUACACAGCAGCCCUCAUUUACAAGGGUUCCGCAAACGUGAUAUCGAUGUCAUUUACCUCACCGAUACUAUGGACGAAUCUUGCAUCAGCCAGAUGUAUGAGUACGAAGGAAAAACAUUCAAAUCAGUACAAAAGGGUGAAGUAGAUUUCGAACGCACUCCGGAAGAGGUUGAAAAGGACAAAAUAACCUUGAAAAAAUACGAACCCCUAAUCAAGGUAUUUAAAGACAAUAUCAGCGAGAUAUACGAGGUGAAACUGUCACGCAGACUCACAGACGACCCGUGCACAGUAGUUGUCUCCGAUUGGGGAAUGUCAGCACACAUGGAGAAGAUUGUCAAAUCCUACAUCGUCAACAAGAAGGAGGACGAAAUGAACGCAUUUAGCGCAGGUAUGCGGUCGCGUAUCCUGGAAAUCAAUGGCGACCACCCUAUAAUGUUGGAAAUGCUCAAGAGAGCCACGAGCGGAUCAGUCGACUCAGACUUCAUUGAAUCUAUCAAGCUUUUGUACGACGCAGCGAAGUUGGCAGGUGGAUUCUCUAUCGAGCACCCAGCAGUGUUGUCCCACACAGCAUAUGCCUAUCUCUCUAAACAGCUUGAUGUCGACUCCUCCAUUACCAUUGACGACAUUCCGUACACGCCAGAAGCGGAGGAGAGUACAAAGGUACCAGAGGACAUGGAACUGGAAGAAAUCGACCUAGAUGAAGAUGGAAAACCAGUAAACGAUGAACUCUGA